AUGUCCGCUCCUACUUUGUCGCAAGGUCUGGCGGUCGUCGAACAUGCAUCAAUUGCGUUACAAGCAUUGAUUCAACAUGUUCCGUUGAAUGAACGUGAAAGUGCGAAGAAGAGAGUACAAUUCUUGACACGUUUGAUGGACGAGUUUGCACUCUCAAAUCUCGAAGAUUCUCCCGACAUUAGAACUCUACAUGCUUCGGUCGAUGCUGUUUUUCAUAAAGCUGAAGAAGAUUACCAUACUGCGACACUCGAGUGUGACGAAGUGCUCCGAAGCAACGACAUCUUAAACAAGCUCAUCACUUCCCUUGAGCAUCAGAAGUCUUUGGUUAGAAAAGCCUUGGAAGACGUGCCAGUUUCCCAUUAUGCCGUUGGUCAAUCUGCAGACCCUUCCGUUGUUGAUGUUCAAGAGUCUUCCAACGUUGAAAUCGAGGCUGUUGCUGAUGUGGCUGCUACCCAUCUGCCUGCUGCCGACAUGGCUGCUGCUGAUCUGGCUUCUCUCGAUCUACCUACUGCCGACAUAGCUGUUGCCGAUCUGCCUACUGUCGAUCUACCUUCUGUCGAUUCACCUGCUCUCGAUAGACCAAACAAUUUUUUAUUAAAGAUGUUUGGUGAGCGCCGUCAUUCUAAUAAUCCUACCAUUGACCGUCUUGCCCCCACUCUUAUCAGAGCUAGCAAAUCAGGUGGCGCAAUUACCCAUUUCGCAGCCCCCAGUACUGUGAUCGAUGUAUUGGUGAAUGGCACCCAUGAUAAAAAAACCAAAGAGCUUCUAACUCGUCUUGAGCGCAUCCCUCAAGAGCUUCAAGAUGAGGUCGGCAAUUUGAUCUUAGACCCUGCCUAUUACUACCAGCGAUAUUGUCAUAAGAAAUUGCCUAGACAAGUGUCUUUUGGCACAUCAGUCUAUGAACCUGGAAAGAUCAUCAAGGUUUUCUUCACCACUGAUGAAACAUUGAAGAUGGGAAGCUUGAGCGCUGUACAGGCGGACAUGGACUCACAGAUGGCAUGCAUUCCAAAGGACAGACCCACCUACCAUCACUACAUCAUCUACAGGUCGGUGAGCUUCCAGUCCCUCUGGUUGAUGGAACAAUUCGAGCGAUUUCGACAUGCUCUCACCAUUCAAUUGUAUGGAUGCAGAUACGCGUGCUGGCGUACAAUAGUUACGAUUGCGUUGCCAGCCCACCGUAAAUUUAACCAUGUGCCACAUAUCAAACUUCUGCAUUACGUCGACAGCACUCCUUCUACUAUUGGUGACAUCCGUGGCAUGGAUUUCACAAUCCUCUACGUCUACCUGUAUGAUAUGGUCAACGCCAACAUGAUUUCUGUGAAGAGUAUCCGCAAGAAGAUUGAAGAUAAGGCUUACUUGUUUGACCAAUUCAAAGACAUGUAUCAAGACCUCCAAGGAUACCUCAUGCAUCGAUAUAGGCUUCCUCUUGAGCUCCUCGAGAUGGCAGAAGACUUUGACAUCAAAGAUCACAAGCCCAAAGAUCAAGGUGUCGCGCUGAGAUUAGAUGGAUUCGAACUCGAUACUCCUGCUGGUAAAUGGCAGCAGAUAUUCGAAAAUCAAUAUCGGUACCUCAAAUGUGAGAGAGUCAAUGCGAGUUGGUAUAAGACUGGUAAUCUCGUCAUUUGCGAGAAAUGCAGACGCGCCUUACCAGCUCUGUUCUCAUUUGAUAAGAAUGUCUUAAAGCCUGGUGAGAAUCAUGAAGACCCCCACCCCAUCUGCCGCAUGUGCCAACUUGUCCCAACCUGCAACGGUCUACUUGCUACAGCUGUUAAUGCAUACGUCCCUACAACUCCUAAAGACGCUAAAGAAAAGAGAAAGCCUAAAUUCGAGGACGGCGAUCCGCAUAAACUAGUCGCUUCUGAGGAUGUUGAUCUGUCCACAUGGAUUGUUCCAGAGUCUACUGGCGCUUCUAUGCAGGUUGAACAACAUUUGAAAUAUGAUGCAACCCUCUUCUCCCCUACAUACGUUGUGCGUGAUUUCCCAAGCGAAGAACUCUUCCACCAGUUCCACCAAAGGGUCUCAAGAGCAAGACAUUUUCAGGAAGAUUAA